AUGGGUGCAGAGCAAUCGGCAUUGUUGGCCUGCACUCAGACGGGAAUCCAUGAGCAGCAUAUGGAGCUGGUUAACUCGAAGUUGUUCUUUGGAUUGUACUUUGAUAAGAUGCCCCAGCCUGUGACGGGUCCAGUGACAAAAGCGCUACUCCACUUGGUAGAUAACUUGCGCACGGCAGGGAUAAUUAAUGCUGAUGAAACCCUAUCGAUCAAGGGCGAGUACGAUAACGGGGAAAGCGACGUCAGUGAUGUCAGUGAAGUCUCGACAGCAACGUGUUCGGAUGUGGAAAUAGAUCCCUAGGUCCUUAGAGCAAUGCAAUGUGUCCAUUGAUGAGCCGCAUUUACGCCACCAUUGUUCAAAUAAAUGGAGAUUAAUUUAACAUAUGAAUUUAUGUACAAAACUAA